GCAAGUGGGGCAGCAUCCGGGCCAGCGGGCGCAUGAGCAGCUACGCGCUCAACGUGGAGAUCGGGUCGCGCCUGGCGGGGAAGGAGCUGCUGGGAACCCACCACAACGGCACGGCCGAGCCCGGCUUCCUGCGCCCGCACCGCGCCUCGCUCUACAUCAUCGGGGACAAGUCCCAGCUCAAGCUGACCCCGGAGGGGGUGAAGCCGGACCCAUUGCAGCACUGGGAGGUGGUUCCCAUCGAGGUGUUCGACGUGCGGCAGGUCAAGGCCAGCUUCAAGAAGCUGAUGAAGGCCUGUGUGCCCGGCUGCCCCUCCACGGACCCCAGCGUUGCCUACCUGCGCUCCCUGGAGGAGUCUGAGUGGCUGUCACAGAUCCACAAGAUCUUGCAGAUUUCAGUGCUGGUGGUGGAGCUCCUGGACACGGGCUCCUCGGUCGUGUCCUUGGUGCAGCUCCUGUCUGACCCCUACUACCGGACACUGGAGGGCUUCCGCCUGCUCGUGGAGAAGGAGUGGUUGAGCUUUGGGCACCGCUUCAGCCACCGCGGGGCUCAGACCCUGGCCGGCCAGAGCAGCGGGUUUGCUCCCAUCUUCCUGCAGUUCCUGGACUGUGUGCACCAGAUCCAUCUGCAGUUCCCCAUGGAGUUCGAGUUCAGUCAGUACUACCUGAAGUUCCUGAGCUACCACUACAUUUCCAACCGCUUCCGGACAUUCCUGUUGGACUCGGACUACGAGCGCAUCGAGCUGGGCCUCCUGUACGAGGAGAAGGGUGAGAGGAAGAGCCAGCAGGUUUACAAGUCCAUCUGGGACUAUAUUGACCGGCUGAACAAGAAGGCCCCCAUCUUCUUCAACUACAUGUAUGCUCCCGAGGAUGGGGAGGUGCUGAGGCCAUACAGCAACAUCUCCAACCUAAAGGUGUGGGAUUACUACACGGAGGAGACGCUUUCCGAGGGCCCCUCCUAUGACUGGGAGCUGGCUCAGGGGCAGCCGGAGCCCGUGGAGGACACGGAUCGACAGGACACUGGAGCCCCCCAGACCAAGCGCAAGAUCAUCUGGCCCUGCUACGACAACCGGAGCCGCGUGGAGCCCGACGCCAUCUCCAGACUGCUGGAGGUGAGCACGGCCCCCGGGCAAGCACCGCGGUGACCCCAUGCAUGGUGUCGGUGCUGGUGCUCAGGCAUCCUCCUCCUCACGCCGCGGCCUCUGCUCCCACAGACCCCCAGCUCCCUGCUGAUGUCCUCGGGCCUGUCCCACCACCGCCGCUCGCUGGGUGUGUACCUGCAGGAGAGCGGCGUGGGCUCCACAAUGGACAGCGACACCAGCAGCACGUCCACCCCGUCCAGCGGGAAGCCGGGAGGGCGCAGGAGCACCAGCACCCUCUACAGCCAGUUCCACACGUCCGAGAGCGAGAACAGGUCCUAUGAGGGGUCUCUGUACAAGAAAGGAGCCUUCAUGAAACCCUGGAAGCCUCGUUGGUUUGUGCUGGAUAAAACCAAACAUCAGCUGCGGUACUAUGACAGCCGGAUGGACACGGAGUGCAAAGGAGUCAUUGACCUGGCCGAGGUGGAGUCCAUCACGCCGGGGACACCCACCAUGGGGGCACCCAAGACGGUGGACGAGAAAGCCUUCUUCGACCUGAAGACGACGAAACGCGUUUACAACUUCUGUGCCCAGGACGUGCCGGGGGCGCAGCAGUGGAUCGACCGCAUCCAGAGCUGUUUGUCGGACGCGUGA